AUGCACAGCAAUGGCACAAAAGCAGAGGGGUUUGACGACGCGGAGGAGGGGGAGCGAGAGCAAGAGGAGGGGGCUGGGAAGGGGUUAGGUGCUGGAGUGAUGCGGCUUCAGUCCAAAAUCUCCAAGGCAGUGGACAAGAGAAUGUCGGCUCGCGGGGGUGAAGCGGGCUUUACGUUUAUGAGGGGCUUGAAUGGGAGGCGCAGAGACAGGAAAGGAGGCUCUGGCGCAGCCUCUCAGGAUUUUGGCAAAGGAGACAGCGAGGGAGGAGUUGGGGCAGGCGCAGGAGGAGGAGCAGGAGGAGGAGGAGGAGGGGUAGGAGGGGGGGGAGCAGGGGGGUUGCGCUUCCUGUCGCCUGGCAUGGCUCGUAACCACAGUGUUCCAGUCGCCGCUAGUGAAUCCGCACGCCCUCCCAAGCUGGAUAAGGUUGUCUACGGCCCACCUGUGCGUCACGUGAUGACUUCACAGGGAGCCUCGGGAUUGGGAAACCCAAGGGGGGAUGAAGAGGCAGCAGCGUUCUUCUGGGUGCCAUUCGGGGCAGGUGUGUCUGCAGCCAAGAGCAUUGCCGCGGAUGUUAAGGGACGGAUGGUGUUCACGGGGCACAGGGAUGGACGGGUGCUGGUGUGGAGGGUGCGGGAGAGGGGAGCAGAGAGUGCGGAUGCUGCAGCAGGAGGCGACGGAGCAGUGCAGGGUAGCAGCAGCAGCAGCAUGGGGGAGCGAGGAGGAUGGGGGGCGAAGGGUAGAGGGGGAGCACCGAUGGGUAGGAACAACUCAGGUGUUGGGGCAGGGGAGAAGGAGCCUGGGUGGAAAGUAUGGGCAGAACUCGUGGCAGAGUGGCAGGCACACGCCACCACUGUGACAGCCCUCGUAGUCACGUCACACGGCGAGCUCUGGUCUGCAGGGGACAGGGGGGUGAUCAAGGCGUGGCCCUGGCCCAGCCUGUGCAGCGAGCUCUCUCGAGCGUCUUCCUCGCCCAGCCCAGCGCCCACGCCGCCCGCUGUUCCUCUCAGCAGCACUGCUCCCCUUCGAGCCCCUUGUGUGAUCCGCCCUGCUGCCGUGCCCGUGCUUCUGCACGCGUCCUCCUGUAACGUCCAGGUGCCAAGAAACCGCGUUGUAGUUGCAUCUGCCUCAGCUGCUGCGGCUGCUGCUGCUGCUGCAACACCAUCUGAUGAUGGUGAUGAUUCUAAGGCAACUGGUGGGGCAGGAGGGAGCACUCCUGUCACUGCAACAGAAAGCAAUGGCAGUGGCAGUGGCAGUGUAGCUGCUGCAGCAGGAGGAAGUGGUGGGGGGGGUGGUGGCAGCAGCGCUGCUGCUGGGACAGGGGUAGAAUACGAGGGUGGCAGUGGGGGCGUGGUGUAUGGAGUGACGUCCGUGCGGCGAUUGGUGUCAGACCCGGCAACGGGGCAGGUGUGGAGCAUUGGAGCUGCUUCCAUCUCCAUCUGGGACGCGAGGAAGCGAGCGCUGGUGUGUCAUGUGAAGGUGAAGGACGAGGAGAGGGCAGCUGCGGAUACCUCCUCUGGCGCUGUUGCCUCUGGGGCCAGCAGCGCUGCCUCCGCUACAGCCAACAGCGCCACAGCCCCUGGUAAUGCUGCCCCUAGCACGCUUAGUGCCACCAGUGCUAGUGCUUCUAGCACUUCUAGUGCUCCUAUUGGUUCAGUGACGAGUGGUGACAGCUAUAGAGAAGCACCAGUUGUAGCAGGCACACCAGCACCAUGGGAAGACGAACCCCUCACCUCCUCCUCCUCCUCCUCCUCCUCCUCCUCCUCCUCCUCCUCCUCCUCAGCCUCCUCCUACUCCUCCUCCUCCUCCCGUCCCCCCAAGCGCAAGCUCCACGCGGUCGCGCCAGCUGGCGACGGCACGGUGUGGAUCGGGCAUGGGUCGGGCAUGCUGAGGCAGUACGACUGGGCGGGCGGCAAACUGCAGGAGGUAGUGAUGGAGGCCGGCGUGUGUUGUCUGUGUGUGGUGGGGCUGCGGCUAUGGGUGGGCACGGCGGAUGGAAGCAUCACCGUGCUGCAUGUGCGCACAGGGAGGCAGAUCGGGGCAUGGCAGGCACACCCUCCCGCACCAUGCUCCAAAGCAGCAGCCAAGGCGGCACGAGCAGCAGCAGCAGCAUCCCCUUCCCCUUCCACUGGAGCAACAUCAGAUCCGGCCCACCCUUCGGAUGACACAGCCCUCUCCUCCCAGGCGUCAACAGCGGCAGCGGCUGCAGCGGCGACACCAGCAGCGAUCCGGCAGCUGGCACGGUGCAGCAGCUUCAUUGUGUGUGUGUCCCGCACGGGGCAGGUGAGUGCAUGGCUGGCGGCUAUCCCAGGCCCUGUGGACCCUGCACUACGUGCCACCCUCUCCUCCUCCUCCGCCCUCUUCACCUCCCGGCAGAGGUUCCGCCUGGCUGCCUGCACGUGGAACGUCGGGGAGGAGAGAGCGGUGCAGAGGAGUGUGGAGGCGUGGCUGGGGGAGGUGGCAGGAGACAGGCUUGAGGGCGAGGAGGCAGCAGAGGGAGCAGACUGGGCGGAUGGGACGGGUAUGGGGAAUGGGGUUGGGGGAGCAGCGGAUUCGGGGAGUGGGGCAGGAGGGGGAGGAGCGGAUAUAGUAGCAGUGGGGUUGCAGGAGGUGGAGAUGAACGCGGGGGCGAUAGCCAUAGCAGCAGCCAAGGAGUCAGUGCGUCUGGGGCUGCAGGAACGAGGGUCGGCGCUGGGGGCUCACUGGGUGGCGACCAUUGGCGCUGCUCUGGCGUCCCGAGGGGCGUUUGUGCGGAUUGUUUCGAGACAGAUGGCGGGGAUUCUCAUCACUGUGUGGGCGAAAGCGUCGUUUGCCCAUCGUAUUCGGGAUGUGGAGGUGGGGGCUGUGCCUCGGGGGUUUGGCCGCACAUUGGGCAACAAGGGAGCGGUGGCUGUGCGCAUGAGUGUGUGUGGGCGCAGCGUGGCGGUCCUCAGCUGCCAUCUCGCAGCUCACAUGGAGGGCGUGGUGAAGCGCAACGAGGACUGGCGCCGCAUCUACCGCCACCUCUCCUUCUACCGCCCCCAAACCACCCUCGCUGCUGCCUCCUCCGCUGCUAAAGCUGCUGGGGGUGGCUUGAAAGGUGACAUCCAUACUCUCAUGGGUGAUGACUGGCGCCGCAUCUACCGCCACCUCUCCUUCUACUGCCCCCAAACCACCCUCGCCUCCGCCGCCUCCUCCGCUGCCAAAGCCGCUGGCGGCGGAUUGAAAGAGUUAGCAGAGGUGGAUCUGCUGGUGUGGAUGGGCGACCUCAACUACCGGGUGGAGGGCGUGUCACACGAGCACGCCAGGCACCAGGUGGCGGCCCGCAACCUGCCUGCCCUGCUGGCGAGCGACCAGCUGCUCAGAGAGAUGGCGGACCUGGAGGAAAUGAAAACUCCAGAGCUGGCGGAAGCCGACCUGCUGGUGUGGAUGGGGGACCUCAACUACCGGGUGGAGGGCGUGUCACACGAGCAAGCGAGGCAUCAGGUGGCGGCCCGCAACCUGCCUGCCCUGCUGGCGAGUGACCAGCUGCUCAGAGAGAUGGCGGGCGGGCGUGCAUUCCGAGGCAUGGAGGAGGGGGUCAUCUCCUUCCCCCCCACCUACAAGUUUGAUCGCGGCACACCCGAUCCGCUGGCGUAUGACUCGGGGGAGAAGCGCCGUGUGCCUGCUUGGUGCGACCGAGUGCUCUUCCGCGAUAGCUUCACUCCAAGCCUGCCGCCCACGCUGCCGCCCACUCUGGGGCCCACACUGCCGCCCAUCCUCGCGCCUUCUCUGCCUCUGUCUGUCUCCUUGCCUGCUGCUCCAAACAACCCCUGCCAGCCUCUGUAUCCUCCCGCUUCUCCUCCCACCCCCACUACCAACAGCCCCAACCUCAGCCCCAGCCCCACUCUCACUUCAUUUGAUCUACCCACCGUCUCACCUCCUUCCACAGCAGUAGCAGCAACAGCUGGCACCGCAGCAGCAGAAACAUGUGCAGCAGCAGCAGCAACAACAGUGGCAAACACUGCUUUGGUUGACAGAGAGGCAGAUGAUGAGGUCAGCAGCCCUGCACUGGGUCGUGAAAGUACAGCUGGGUUGAAUGGUAAGGAAGGGCCGGGUAGCAGCACGAGUAAGGAUGGGGAUAUCAGCUCCCAAGCACCUGCUGGUGCUACUACUGCUUCUCCUGCUCCUCCUGCUACUGCUUCAGCUUCUUCCGCUGCUUCUGCUGCUGCAUCCGCUCCUGCUGCUCCUGGUGCCGGUCUGACUGCGAGUUCGAGUGUGAGCGCACCUCAAAGAGCGAUCGAGGAGCAGGAGUGCACGCUGGCGCAGCCAGUGAAGGCCCAUGUGUUGCGCUAUGACGCGUGCAUGGAGGCCAUUCAGAGCGACCACAAGCCAGUCAGAUGCCUCUUGGAUGUCUCCGUUGCUUCUGUUGAUCUGCCCGCUACAAGAUGCCUGCUCGGGCGGCUUCUUACUCUCAGCUCCCAGGUCCGGGCAGCCCUGCAAAAUUCUCACCACCUGCCCGACGUGCCAGCUGCCGGCACAUGUGUGGAUGUGGAUCCUUCGACCGGGCAGGCUUCGGUGAUUGUAAUGAAUCGGAACGAAAGUGACUCUAUGGGGUUUAUCGUGCAGUGUGAGGGGGAGACUGUUUUCCAGUCUGGGAGGAAGGAAGAACAGGAAGCAAGUGAGGGAGGGAGAGAUGAGGGCGCUGAAGGAGGGAAGGUCAUGUUGGGAGGCACGUGCGGUGGCAGCGGGCGAGGGGAUUGGCAGAGGAGGCAGAUGGUGCGGGCAGGUGGUGGAUUUCCACUCUGGCUCAAGGUGCUACCUGGUGCAGGCAUCCUCAUUGCAGGUGGCAGCAUGACCAUCAACUUCUGUGUGUCCACUUCCCGUGCUGCACCGCCUGGUUCCCCUGCUGCCAAGGAGCACACAGAGAAUACAGGGCACACAGGGAAGAGAGCGCACACAGGACACACAGGGCACACAGAGCAGCAUGAGCAGCACGAGUCAGGCAGCGGUCUGUUGCUGCAGCCAGUGGAGCAGCAGCCUAUUAGAAGAGGGUCUGAUGGGGAGGAGGCGGAGGCAGGGCAGGGGCAGGUUUGUGGGCAGGAGGUGCGAGGGCAGGUGCAAUCGGCAGGAACAGGAGAGGGUGAGAGGGUGUUAAACAUGUCUCUCACCACCUGGGGCCCAGCGCCGCCGCGGUGGCAGCGCAUCGCCAUGACUGCGCGCACCUCGCGCAUCCCCGCAUUCGGCGACUGGGCUCUCGACGACCACGAUGACAGCCAGGGCGACGAGUCGGACCGUCGAUUAAAGUACACUCACGAGUUCGCGCUCCUCCGCCAGAAGCCCCGCGGGCCUCCGUCCCCGCAUUCCCUGCUUCUGGACGCCGUCUCUUUCGACUCCGCAACUUCUUCUCUCCCCCCCUUGUCCUCGACACCUUCCGCCGCCUCCGCCGCGUCCGCCGCUUCCGACGUUUCCGCCUCUUCCUUUGACACAGCAUCUCGGCAUUCCCGAGGUUCGAGCAGCGAUGGCAAUGGUGACGACAAGGAGCUUCCUUCAACUACGAGAGACGCGAGCGCAGGGAUCCGUGAUGACGUGGACCGAAUCCUGGCGUCCACGUCAGCCCUGUCCCCCGUGUCUCCAGCGGCGGACACGUGUCUGUUCCCGCAAUGGGCGCCAAUCCUUCCGCAACGCCGAAUCGGCCAGGGUCGGAAAGGCGGCUUCCUUGCAGCUAGCAGCAGUAGGAGCAGCGGAAAAUCCGUCAGCAGGAGCAGUAGCAGCGGCAGCAGCGGCGGCGGCGGCAGCGGUAAGAUUGCGAGCAAGCGAAGGGAGCUGCCGGUGCUGUUAAACGCAUCCCAGCUCGACCAACUCAACAUGCCUCCGCCGCCACCGCUGCUUCCUCUCUCCGCCAGCUCCUCGCUGCAAGCCUCCGAUUCCGGUGCCGACUCUACCGACGCGCUACUCGCCGCCAACGAUGCUGACGGUUCGAGCUCGCUUGCGACACAUCGCACAGCCGAGUGCGCGUCGCCGUCUCGUCCUCGUUACGACCACGGCGGAAGCGACUCACCGUCUUACGACUCGCCUCCCCUUCCGCGGUAUUCCUUCACCUUUCACUCGCCGGCUCCCGGGACAUUUUGCGCCUCAGGCGCAUCCUGCGCCGAUCCUUCCGCUCCAGGCGCAACCAGCGGCGAAGCUUCCCCAGGCGAGGCGGCCGAGCGAGUCCGCCAGCGGUUGCGCAACUCGCGCAGCCUCCGCAUUUCCGUAUCGCGCCAACUCAUGGACAGCAGCAACAGCGCGCCCUCCUCCCCCGUGCGCGCAUCCGGCGCAUUCGGUUCCCCCUUCGGCUCCCCGUCCGCAUCCGAUUACGAAAACGGCUCAUCCGCGACCCCUGGGCGGAGAGGGUCGCGCGCCCAGGGCGCGGCGGCGGCGGAUAGAUGUUGGGACGACUCGUCGGUGCUGGCGCUAUUGGAGCACAGCCGGCUCUGCCGCCAGGAGGUGGUUCAGCUGCUCGGGCUGUGCCAGCCUGGCCUCGCCCCGCUUGCGCCGUCGGCGCAACCUGCGCCAGUUGCGCCAAUCGUCGCAGUUGCGGAGGUCUCCUCGGUCGCUCCUACCGCGCCAGCUGCGCCAGUGGUGUCGAGUGCGGGGCUCAUGAAGGAAACCAGCGGGGGUGAGCUUCAGGCGGAAGCCUCUGCGGGGGCGCACACAGCAGGCGGGACAGGUGAAGCAAGGUUCAAGAUUGAGACAGCGUGCGCUGAGAGCAGAGCAGAGCCGGUCAGCAGCUCAUGUGCAAGUGCAUGCCCUGCCGGCAUGACAGCGCCGCAUGCCUACCCUGACAGCACCAUGGCACACAGGUCUGAGACUGAUGCCGGGAAGAAUGACAAGUCGCUGACUGGAAGUGCGGGUGGAAAUGCGGGUGGAAGUGUGAUUGGAAGUGCGGGUGGAAGUGUAGUUGCUUGCUGCCCUGGAACGGGGGGAAUGGGCGGAAUGGGCAGAGCGGCAUUGCGCGUUGCAGCAGCCCCACGUGCUCCGUGCAGUGUUGCUUCCUCGCAGUCGCGGGGCAGGGCUGUCCCCCCCACCAUGUCGUCCGCGUUGAAGUACAAUGCGGGUGCGGAGGAUAAGGGCUUCAGCGUGAUGUUUGCCGAGAUGCGGGAGAGACGGCAGCAGGAUAAAGCAGCUUCUGAAGCCACUGGCGCUGCUGUUGCUGCUGCUGGGAUUGCUGGAGAUUCCUUAGAGAAUAGCAUUCAUGGUGCAACUGUAGCAGCAGGUUCUUGUCAAGACACGAGCAAAGUCAGUAGCAGUCCCCCCAGGACCAAAUCUGCCUGUCGCUCCAGUAAAGGCCUACAGUGGAUUGGUGUUCGGGCGGACGAUAUGGAUUUUAUUCUGAAGGAGUUGGCAGAGGCAGCCAUGGGAGGAGGGGAGGAGGUGGCAGGGUUUGAUGAGUUUGCGGGAGAGGAGACUGAGGACGAUGGAGGGGGAUUAUCGGAGAGUGAUUAUGUCAGUGAGGAGACUAGUGAUUGUGAUUGCAGUGAAGCGGAGAGACAGGACAAUGAGUUGAUAGCAGUGCUGAGGAAGGUUCAGGGCAGGGAAUGGUGGGGUGGAACCU